AUGAACGAGACGGCCGUGCGCGCCGCGGCAUCACUGCUGGCCGAGAAUGGGCUGGCCGUUCCCGCACCGCUCGAGAUGGCCGUGUUGGGCGCGGUCGAGGCAGGAGGAAAACAGUUCAUGUCCGCUCUGGAUCGUCUUCGCAGGGAGGGGAGUCGAGGGCUGCAAGCAGGCGACGUAUGUGAGCGCCCGCCCGCCGACGGUUCGCUGCUGAGACAGGGCGGCGGACGGGAAGCUUGUCGGCAGCGCGUUCUAGCGGGCCUUUCGCGACUGGCCGAAUUCACAUGCAGGCCUGAGGCUGGCACGCGAUGCUAUCCAGGCAAGCUCCAGCGGAUAUGA